GAUGUAAACAACCCGUCGAUCUUCCGCGGAGUCAAUGGGAUUUUGUGCGCAGUUUUGGGGGGUUUUUUGGGCCGACUCCUGUGGUGGUGUGAACUUGAGUGAAUUGCUUCCUGGCCGAGCUUGCGUUCCUUUUUCUGUCCUAUGAUUACUUGUUUUAUUGUAGUUUGACUGCACAGACAUGAGCAGCAAGGAUCAUGGUCAGGGAGGAGCAAGCCCCCUCCGACAACUGUGUCCUCACAGAAGUCACAAGAGAAAGAAGAGAACGAUCUCAACGGAAGCUGCCACGUACACCAGACAGCAUCUGCACAGGGCUUGUAAGCUCGUCCUCGAAGACACCGGUGAAUGCUUCUUUAGGAUGCAGAAAGAGCUGAAUGAGAUGCUCAAACCACGGAGGAAAAGACUGCCGAAACUACCGCCAGAGAUCUGGAUAAAGAUUUUUGGCUACAUCACUCAGUACCGACAGUAUCCGUUCAUGCUCAAUGGCCCUCUGGUGUGCAAGUACUGGUACGACUUGUGCCGGGACCCCAGCCUGUGGACGUAUGUGAGGGUGCCUUACGGCGGCUGCUACUGGAACAAGCGCACAGACCCUUUUCUCAUGUGGAUGGCUAAGAACCGACUGGCCCCAUGCAAGGAAAUCGAUCUCACAGGCUGGGACAUCACAACUCUAGCUGUUCAUGAGUUGGCUAAGAACUGCCCAAGGCUUGAAGUGGUCAACCUGUCGUACUGUACCAAGGUGAACAAAGACAUUGUGGAGUACUUGACCAGACAUUGCCCGAACAUCACUACCUUGGAUCUUUCACAUACAUCUAAUGACCUGGUGAGCAUAAGCUCAAUGACGGGCAUCGUUGAGCGCUACAACUCUCAGCUUCUCUCUCUCAACCUCAGCGGCAACCUCAUGCACGGUUUCCACUGGCUCAUCAAUGCAAUAUGCGAGCAGUGCCCCAACCUGGAGGUUCUGUCCGUGUACUACUGCCGCGUGGACGUUCUGGCGCUGGAUGUGGAGCGGCUACAGAGCAGCCUCCUACAGCUGCGCUCGCUCAACCUGGGCUACCUGCUGGCCACCAGUGUCAACAUCGAAGAGAAGCCUUCUUAUUUGUCACCUGGGUUCAAGUCCCUGGAGGACCUUUGUAUUGCGGUGGGGCCCCCUUGUGACUUCAGGAAGCCGCUGCCCGUAAACGAUAACUUUAUAGAAAGGAUGGUUCUGGCGUCCCGGCAGCUGAAGAGCCUGGAUGUCCGCGGGGCGGAGCGCUACUCUAUACAGACGCUGCUCAAGCUGCCCUGCCCCGACCUGGAAAAGCUGGUUCUGGGUAUCCGGGUCAUCGACGACCCUCGGGGUCUCCCACACCUGGUCAAACAGUGGCGACACAGCCUGACAGAGCUGGUCCUGUCCUACAGCAGCUUCUGCAUGUGUGACGUGACGUGCGCCGUCAACUGCCUGGUGUCCUCGGAGAACCGUGUGCUGCACAGGAUAGAGCUGGAGAACAUGGACGUGGAGAUGCCACUCAUCAGAGCCAUCUGUGACAACUGCCCAAACUUGAAGACGGUGAACCUGCAGAAAUGCUUCCUACUUCCAAAAAAACUCAGGAGGUUAUUUUUCAACAAGACGAGGAUAGACAAUUUCAGAUACCUGGUGUCGUACUUCUGCAAGCAGAUGAACAUAAACAGAGGUGGCUGCGUCCAUUGUCAUUGUCAUUGAUGUUGAAGACUGUGGUGGGAGGGGGGGGGAUUGAAAACGAUUUGUGAGGGGUGCUGACCAAAUGAAUUACUUCUCGCAAUCCACGAAGGGAGAUAUUGGCUAAAAAUCGACCCUUGGGUUUUGCCUGCUCUGCCAUCGUAAGGGAAAAUGACGAAUGGUCCUGCGCAGGUAGCGAGGCAAAUUUUUCAGGAGAGGCUAACACAGUCUUCACUUUAUAACUCUUCUAUUUUUCACUCUUUUAAGCUGUAAUUCACCAGAUAUCUGAUUGAGGUGUUCAUAAAGCAGUUUUUAAAGUUUGAAUAGUUUAGGUUGAAAAGUAGUAGUUAUUCGACAAUCGUCGUUCUCCCUUACAUUGCGUGCCCACAGGUGAGCCCUGUGAUGUACGCCAAAAAGUCGAAUGGUACCGUUCGUCGUUCUCCCUUACACUCGUGAACGUUUAUGGGCGUAGGCGAUGGUCAGUUGUGACCUCUUGUGACGCAUUAUUGACAGUGAUGAUUGACAGUGAUGACUUUUUACUGGUUACUACAAAAAAAAAA